ACUGCCCUCGGUGGAUCGGCCACGGCCCUGGAGAAAGAAAAAUUCCACCCCACCCUAGGUUUGGCGGGCUAUCAUCGGUACGGCAAACACUGUGUGAGCGCGAGAGCGAGGCAGUGCAAAGUGGCUACGAUGGGCUGUUAGCACACAUUACACAGCAUCCCUUCGACGGGUGUAGCAGUAGUUUGGUGCAAGUCCUCAACGCUACUUAAAUCUCAGCUCCAUUAAACGGGCCUGUGUCGUGAUACAGAAAGCGUGCAGUGUAAUGUUGGUAACCAUUGCAGACUAGAAAUAUGAAAAGACAGGCUAGAGAUGUGAAGAAAUCGUUUUUCCUACAGCAGGUUCGUUAAGCGGAGUGUGCGUAUUCUGACUUGCAAAAGUGAUGUGCAGCGAGUGCAAUUCGUAGGUGCAGUUGAGUGACUGACUAUAUCGAAACAAGAAAAAAAACCCUAACCAAUCCAACUGCCGAUGAGGAAGGAAGGAAGAAACUAUAAUUAAUAUUCUUAUCAGGUGCUUUACGACCACGAUAACAGUAAAACGAUCAUUCAAGGUUUGACCUUCGUUAGGCGAGUGUGUGCAUUAGUAGACGGGCGUGUGUAUGAGGCAAGGUGACUAUGAUGAUUUAAAUGCCUUGUGCAAUAAAUUCCACCUGUGUGUCUGUGUGCAUGUUGGUGUGCAACUCCGGAGCGCAACUAGUGGUCAAUCGUUUCGUAUACUCCUCAAUCAGUGUGUUUAAUCCGCGUGAAUAAUUGUUACCAUUACCUUACUCCAAAACUCCAAGGGUGGUUAUGAACAUAAUUUGUAUGCUGUGUGCCAAACAGAAACGCCACAAACUGGAUGUAUCAAGCUAACGCGUAGUGAAGAGAUAGGUUAAGAUAGUUAAUUAGAGAGAACGGAGCAGUUUACAAUCUUCGACCGUACGGUGCUAAACGAACCAGCUUCACACGGGCAAGGAACACAUCCAACACGAUUCGCCAACAUCCAUCAUCAACACUCAAGCGCCGCCUGUCAACGCCGAAAGGGGGAAUGGUAAAGCAAUGGCCCGGGGAAGCUUUGAUAUUGGCAGAGUAGUGUCGGUGGUGGUUAAAACAUAGCGAACAAAACAUCAAAGCUUCGUCUUUGUCUGUUACCGUAAAGCUUCAGUACAAAGCGCGCGGCUCCCAUCCCCCAAUCGGCUAUACUGAGUAGUGUGCAACAAAGUCAGGAUCGACCGCCAACAUCAGUACACAAAACCACACACACCAACACCGACGAUUCGGAAUUUUCGAUGCAAAUUCGGUAACUUGUCAUUCAAAAUUAAUUGCCAGCCUCGGCAUUUCCCGUGUGCGAACUUCCAGGCGUCCAUUUGCCGGCGUUCAUGGUACCGAAUGCGUGAAAAAGAUUCGCUAGUCGAAGCACCUAAUCGUGGUGAUACGGGCAGCCUAUCCGGUUUGAGCUUAAGCAGAUGGACGCGAAUUUUAAUUCGAACCGGUUAAGCACGAUCACCGUACAGAGCGAAAGAACAGAAUACUCAAUCCGUACCGAUCUUUGGCUGGGUGGCGUUAAGCCAAACGAUCGAAGCACACCAUAGGACAGAGCCCAGAAUCCCCAGCCCUUCAAUUCGAUCGACGUCAUUAGUAUCUUCACCACUACCACCACCACCAAUCAUCACUAUUACGAACAGCUCCACUACCAAUACGAUCACCACCAUCACCACUACCACCACCAACCAAGCCCUAGAAACCAUCAGAACAUCAACUCAAUAAGAAACCACAAAAAAAAAACCCUACAUCUUCUCCUCAUCUUCCAGCAUAAGCCGUAGAUAUGAGCCAUGGCAAAACUGCGCCAUUACAGGACCAUGACGGCGAUCUGCUUUGUCUGCAACCUGCCUAUCAUGUCUCACCAGGUGGGACUGGUAUGGCAGGGUGGAAACGGUUGGGACGAUUUGGUUCGCGAGCAGGUCGAAGAGUCCACCAUUCGACAGCGCCUAGGCGGACGACGAGACUCUGCAGCACAGAUAUCUGGUGCUUCACCUCCUAGUACCUCACCACCACCCGGUGCUCAACGACGACGGCGCAGCUCGCUCGCUCAGCUAACCGACAUCCUGCGCGAAUGGAGUGGCGGUGGCUCAAAACGUCAAAAAGCACCCUUAAAUCGGCGCGAAACCCUAGCCGAUCUGGCCCGCAGUUUACCCUGGAACAAAGCUACCACGGCCGAUACGUACAACAAUCAGAACAAUUCGGGUCAUGCACCACCGCUACGAAAGAGACGCGAAUCGAGUGCGGAUUCCGGUGUGAAAAGUUGGUCCUACCGGCGAGACUCACACGCAUCCGACUUCCGGAAGGAGCGAGAGUGGGAACGCGAUCGCGAAAAAGAACGAGAACGCGAAAAAGACCGGGAACGAGAGCGAGAGCGAGAACGCGAACGAGAAAGAGAUCGUGAUGAUUACAACUAUUCGGCAGAUAAUUGUCGAAAUGGCUCACGUCGAAACUCCAACGACUCUAGCCGUGAUCGAUCUUCACGC